UGCAGCUCCACACAUCUUCUCAGAUUUUUCUCUGCACACCUCCAGACCCAAAGCUAAAACCAUGAGUCAGCUCGAGACAGCCAUGGCCAUGCUGAUGCAGACCUUCGACACGUACGCCGGCAAAGAUGGCAAGAAGGAGUCGAUGAGCAAGACGGAGGUGAAGACCAUGUUGGAGAAGGAGCUCCCCGCACUCCUGAAGACAGCAAAGAACCAAGCUGAGGUGGACAAGCUGCUGAAGGGCCUGGACUUUAACGGCGACUCCGAGGUGGACUUCAAGGAGUUCGUGGUGAUGGUCGCCGCCCUGACGUGUGCUGCGCACGGCCGCUGCUCGAAGAACUGAGCUGCACCCUUGGGUGCGGCGUGGAGAUGUCAACAACAUGAAAUCCUCACUGUUGCUUUUGUAACAACCUAAUAAAGUGAUUUACCUCAGAA